AUGGCUAUUCCUCAACUGCUUCUGUCUGAUUCGAAGGCUGCAAGGAAUGUGAAGGAAGGUGGAGAGCUUAUGGGAAUUGAUAUGGUCAUGGUUCAUGAAAAGGUAUCGUCAAUUGAACUGCCGCAUUUAGAUCUAAUUCGACAAUCCUUGAGAAGAAAGAGAAGAAAAACAUGGCAGGAGGUGCUGAUUCUGCUCAAUAUCGAAGGCUGUGUUACCGUCUGGCGUGACUACCACGGUGAUGUCUUCGCCGCUCAAGCUGAACGCUUCUUCUCCAAGCUCAUCGAGAAAGAGUAUGCAUUACUUGAUGAGAUGACUGACUUUGGGUACCCUCAGUAUAUGGAAGCAAGAAUCCUCAACGAAUUCAUCAAGACUGAUGUAUAUAGAAUGGAAGUUACACAAAGACCUCCUAUGGCUGUCACAAGUUCUCUCUUGAAGGAGAUAAGGGAUACAAUACAAUAG